CAGAUCCUUAUAGUGCUGUCAGUCUCGUUGGGUUCUGUCAGCUGGGGAAGUAGGAGAGUGUAGAACGAUAAAAAUGUCGUUCGCUAAGAAAAUAUCAUCGAUUAUGCAAAGACCAGAACAGGACUCUGUUGCCAAGGACGAUGUACCUUGGUGGAUGAAAUAUGCUGGUCGAGGACUCGGUACCGUGGGUAGUCUAAUUGCAAUUUUUUUUGGAGCAUGGAACUGCGCUUCAAUACUUUGGGCUUCUAUAGAUUGCCUGAUUAGCGGUAUGUGGCAAAUGGUAGCUGGUUUUAUAGUUGUAAUGAUAGAAGCACCAUGUUGCUGUCUAUUUAUUGAUUUUGUACAAAACUUAAGUGAUUGGGUGGAAAAGAGACCAUAUUGGAAUAGAGCAGCUGCAUAUUGCUUAAUGGCACUUCCUCCAGUCUUCCUUUGUUUUGGAGUAAGUAGCGUAUUUGGUAGUGGUCUAAUAUUUGCAACAGGUGUAAUAUAUGGACUAAUGUCACUUGGACGAAAGGCACCUCUUGGUGAAAUGAGAUCAGCAGCAACAAAUGUUGAGGUUCCUUCAUCGAGUAUGCAAACCGCACUUGUUGAAAAUGCUCAACCAAUGGGUUUUUCCAAUAGACCAGAUAGUAAUGUUUAAAGUUUAAAAA